AUCUCAGAAUCCUGUCAGAUACAUCCAGCUGAGCUCACAUCUCCUCUCAAUAUGGCCUACAGCUGCUGCUCUGGAAACUUCUCCAACCGCUCCCUCGGGCACUGCCUGCCCUCCUCACGUUCCUCCUGUGGUUCUUCCUACCCCAGCAACCUGGUCUACACCACUACCAGCUGCUCUCCCAGCACCUGCCAGCUGGGAUCCUCUCUGAACACCAGCUGUCAGGAGACCUGUAUCGAGCCCAUCAGCUGCCAGAGGUCCUGUGUGGUGUCCAGCCCCUGCCAGAAGCCCUGCUACUAUCCCAGGAGCUCCACACCUUGCAGUCCCUGCCAGGGGACAUAUGCUGGGUCUCUGUGCUUUGGAUCCAGGAGCUGCCGUUCCCUGGGCUAUGGAUCUAGAAGCUGCUACUCAGGGGGCUGUGGAUCCAGUGGCUUCAGAUCUCUGAAUUACGGAGUCCAUGGCUUUCCUACCAGAUAUUACAGAUCCACUGUCUGUAGCCCACUCUCUUUCCCUUCUAGGGGUUUCUAUUCAUCUUGUUACCAACCAUUCUACGUAUCUGGAUUCUGUUGA